UUCAUUACCUACUCUUGUACAUUUGGGCUUGUCACCAUUAAUUUUACCACAGCCUCUGAAAUUGAGAAAGAGAUCAAUACCGUAGAUAGCUAGCUAUAAUGGCGAGUAAGAUGAGUUGCUGGAGUGUGGUGUUGAUGCUGAGUAUUCUGCUUGGCUCAACCAUUGUCUUCUUUAUCAUUGGAGCACUGGGUCCCCUGUCCACUCAGGGCGUCCACCACCCGAUGAGUCUCUGUAUAGUGCCCAGCUCCCACAAAAUUGUCUGGGACUCCAGCAAGCGAAUGAUUGACGAUGAACAAUGCAAGACAAUGGGUCGAUCUGUCUCCCUCAAUGAACUAGAAAAGGCUGAGCUGUAUCCGACAGAAAAUGCAUUGUUUUACACACCUAUUCCGUUUCUAAAAAAGAACGUGAUGUCGAGGCUUUUUCACUUCUUGAUUGUUGAUCUAGGCAUAAAUUUCAAGACGAGCGAGUAUCCCAAAAAGCUGAUGAAGCACAAUCUGAAUACGUUUCGUGCUGAGGUUUCCCUGGGCUAUCGUAACAAAAUCAGUGGACCGUGGACUAGACUGGCCAGUGGCAAUGUGUCCCGCACAGUCAGCUGUAGCCCCAACCAUAUGGGAGUGACCACAUGUGAUCACGCACACCUGUUUGAAUUGGGCAGUUGCCACCAUAAGCAGUACAUGGUCAACCUCUUCUUCCCCUCGCUGCCUCUCGAUAACAUGUACAAGGGACUCUCCCCUCUGGCCAGAGUCAGCCUCUAUGAGGUUCACCAAUCUAUGGCGUUCACAAAGCUGUGGUUUGUGCUCAAGUCAGUACUGUGUCCUAUUAGUAUAGCUGUCCUGAUAUGGUUCCGGUAUCGAAUGGGGACAGCCGACAACUCACAGCAGAGAACUCUACAACAACGUUUGAUGAGCUUCAUGGGUUACACUCUGGUAUUCUACAAUGUGCCAUUUGACUUGUUAUCUCUCUACUUCGACUGUCCCUGGCUGCUGGUCUUCAAUGACUUCAGACAAGGGCUCUACGUGGCAGCACUCUUCUCAUUCUGGAUCAUCUCCGUGCAGGAGCAUUGCAGGAAGGAUGGAGAAACUCAAACGUCCAUUGGUACCUACUGGAAAGAGAUGGGCGUGGUCUUGUUAGCAUGUACCUUCCUCUUCAUCUACGAGUUCUGUGAAAGGGGCAUACAGGUGGUGUUCCCAUUCUACAGUCUGUGGGGCAACUGGCUGAGCAUCUCAGUGGCUUGGGUAUUCAUCGGCAUAGCCAGUCUCUCAGCACUCCUCUAUCUUCUCAUGUUUUUAGUCGCCACAGUGAGGGCAUACCUUGAGCUGAGGAGGAAAGAAAAAGAAUUGUCUUCUCUUUCUGAGUCGGCUAGGAGAUCGUAUGAGGGGCUCUUUGGACAGUUCAAGUUUUUCCUGUUUGUGACUGUCCUUGUUGCAGUGUGUAGCAUAGCAACUGUUGUCCUGCCCACGGAGAUGAUGCUACAUCAGUGGCAGCAUGGGAAGAAUGAAUAUGCAGUCUAUACUGCUUUGCUGACGGGUAACUAUGGGAUGUGGAAUGCGUACACUCUCCUAAUCAUGAUUCUCUACGCUCCUUCCAAACAGAAAGCUGCAUCCAAUGGUGCGGAUGAAACAGACCCGUCCAAACUGCAGAAGUUUCUCUCCAAGCAAUCACAGAAUUGAAUACUGCAACGAUCUUACAUAAUUAUAAUUAUAGCAAUUUAAACUCAAUCAAAACACAUCUCCCUUUAUUAUACAUGUACGUAGUCGACUUGAUUACAUGCAAUCUAGACCUGUACAAUCAUUAGUACGCUUGAGUGAGUCGUCAAUAAUUUUGUCACUUCGCUGUAUAUAUAUUAUUAUUGCCAAUUCUGUGAAA